AUGGCGAAACUCUUUGUUGGGGGUCUUGCAUGGCACACAACGGACGAAACACUAUACGAGGGCUUUACAUCAUUUGGUAAAGUGGAGGAGGCUGUUGUGGUCAAGGAUCGAGACACAAACAGAAGUCGUGGUUUUGGGUUCGUGCGCUUUGCGACCAAGGCAGAAGCAGAUGCCGCUUUGGCAGGAAUGAACAACGCAGUAUUUGACGGUCGAUCGAUCCGCGUAGAUCACGCUCAGGACCAUCGGCCUCCAGGAGGUAGUCGGGGUGCAGGAAGAGGAGGAUUUACAACCGGACCUGGCACAAACUUCCCGCAGCCAGGCAUUCAGGCUCGCAAUCCUUCUUCGACUGGAUACGGUCGAGGCGCAGGAUACCCCUCUUCAUAUGGGCAAUACAACCCUCAGCAGCAGCAGCAGCAGCAGCAGCAGCAGCAGCAGUACCAACCGCCAGGAGGCCAGUACGGGGGAGGACAGGCCCAAGGUGGCAACGAUCCAUACAACCAGCAGGGGCCUUACCGUCAGUGA